UGAGUCUCAGUUUGAAAAAUUAAUUAAUUGUAUAAUUUUUCUUUGAAUAAAAAAUUAAAACGGGUCCCACAGACCCGAACACCACACAAGGGUUAAAUUAGUGAGACAUAAAAUGAAUAUAUAUGUGUUGUAAAAUAAUGCCCCCACCUCUAAACAGUAAAGGCGUGCAUGUUGAUGUUAGUCCCGCCCACAUGCAGCCCAGAGUGGCAGUGCUGUUGGCUGCAGCGACGUCACACACCCACACACACACACACACACGCACACACACACACGCACACACACACAGAGAGAGAGAGAGAGAGAGAGAGAAAGGGCUAUCAGCUGCUCGCACAUGCACGACGGCGACGCAGAUAGAGAAGAAAAAGGGAGGUUGAGGGUGGGUGAGGCGGAGGUCCACACCAAAACCACCCACUCUCUGGCAGCAGCUGAUCUGCCCCGAUGGACGAGACCGUGUGGGCACACGGUGGUCUGGAGCUGCCGGAGGAGUCCAGUCCGCCAGACGCAUCCAGCUCAUGAGACUUGGGCCCAUGCACAGCUGGCACCAUGCUGCCACGUCACAUGCGAACAGGUGGAUUUGACCUGCCGGGGACGGAGUCCAGCGAGGUGCCCCUAAUCGCCUACCGACCCCUGGUACCCGAUGACGGGGGCGACGUCCCGGGCACCCCAUCUGACACGGAUGACUCGCAGAGUCUCCAGGUGGAGUCGUUACCCAUGAAGACGACCUGGUACUGUCCUCUGGAUCUGUCCACAGUGGUGGAGGAGGAAGAGGAUGGAGUGGUCUACACAGUGGUGGUCAAACAAGCGCACGGCUCACCCUCCAGCCCUACGUCGUCUCGCUGCCAGUGCGUGAAAGCGGGCACGGAGGAAAAGCUGGCGCUCCACCUCCUCCGCUCCUUGGCCCUGGGAGACUCCACCUACGUCACCGUCUUCCUGGCCACCUACCGCUCCUUCACCUCCACGGAGCGAGUGCUGGACACCCUCGCUGACAGGAUGGAGCGCCCGCCCGGCGACAGCUCCAGGAGCCACGCGAGGAGGUCCUUCAACAAAGCAGUGUGCACCGUGUUCAGCAUGUGGCUGAUCGAGUACCCCGAGGACUUCAAGGGCUUGAGGGAGCCCUCGCGCCUCCUGCGACUGGCGCCCCUCCUCCCGCGAGACUCGUCGUCUGCGGCCGACCUGCGCGCUCGCCUCCUCAGGGUCGCCGAGGAGCUGAGCGAGAAGGCCCUGCUGCCCAACGCCUUUAAAGACGUGCACAUCUCCCACAGCCCGAACCCCGACGUGUCCAAGUUCGAAGCCACCAGAAUCCUGGGCUUCCCCUCGGCCGCCAUCGCCGAGCAGCUCACUCGCAUCGAAACGGAGCUGUUUGUGCGCCUGGUGCCGUACCACUGCCUGGGCUCCUUGUGGUCCCAGCGGGACAAGAAAGGCCGGGAGGGCGCGUGCUGGUCCGUGCGGGCCACCGUACGCCAGUUCAACCGGCUGGCCAACGCCGUCCUGGCGUCCUGUCUGUGGCCCACCAGGCUGCGCAGUCAGCAGCGAGCUCGGCUCCUGGAGAAGUGGAUCAGCGUUGCAGAGGCGUGUCGAGCCAGGAAGAACUUCUCCUCGCUCUACGCCAUCGUGUCCGCCCUGCAGAGCAACCCCAUCCACCGGCUGAGGAGGACCUGGCAGGAAACGGACAGGGAGGCCACAAGGAAGUACGAGGAGCUCUCCGAGAUCUUCUCAGACAAGGACAACUACUCUCAGAGCAGAGAACUCCUGAAGGAGGAAGGCACGUCCAAGUACGCCAACCUGGACAAGCGGCUCAGCAGGCAGUCCAGGGCCCAGGGCACCGUGCCCUACCUGGGCAUCUUCCUCACCGACCUCACCAUGCUGGACACGGCGGUCAAAGACCGGCUGGAUAACGGCUACAUCAACUUCGACAAAAGGAGGCGGGAAUUUGAGGUUUUAGCUCAAAUCCGACUCCUGCAGUUGUCUUGCAAAAACUGUGUGUUCGCCAAGGACGAGGCCUUCCUGCGUUGGUACCACAGCGUGCCCACGCUAGCUGAGGAGCAAAGUUACAGACUGUCCAAUGAGAUUGAAGCGCUCAGCGAGGCGGGCCCUCGAGGCCCCACCCCGACUGUCAUCGUCACGCAGUGUCCCAAUCUGAGUUCUUCCAGGAGCAGCCUGUCGGCCGACUCUGAGGGCCUCUUUGACUUCUCCACCCCCGUCAACAACCUGCUGUCCAAACUCACAAAGCACAUGAAGUCUCCGUCGGUGUCCUGCUUGGACGUGGACACGUCGCCUCCCGUCGGUGACGCCUCCUCCCCUGCCCCGCUGGCUCCCAGCACGCCGCCCAAAUCUCACCGCCGCUCCGCCUCCUGCGGCAACACCCCGGCCAACGGUGCUAAGGGCUCGGGGCCCGACAUGCGCAUCAUCAGGAUCGGCAUGGACCUGCAGGACGGGAACCUGUACAGGAGCAUCCUGGUCACCAGCAACGACAAGACGCCCGCCGCCGUCAGCGCCGCCCUGGAGAAGCACAAUCAGGACUCCAAGCAGGCGUCCAGAUAUGAGCUGAUCCAACUCCUGCCUGAAGGGAAAGAGCUCAUCAUCCCCGCCACAGGAAACGUCUUUUACGCCAUGACGUCGUCCAGCGUGGACUUCCUGCUGAGAAGGAAAGACGCAAACACGCCCCUUGGCUCGCCAGCAAUCAGCCAAUCAGAGACGAGCGCCACUUACCCUCGAAUCAAAGCCAAGGGGAGGAGACUAGUCCGAACGCUCUUUUGAUCACAGAGUACCUUUCAUUUUAUCUCUUUUCUGCUUUGUUUUCAAAAUGUAUUUUAUUUAAUGCCAAAGCAUUCUUCCAUUGCUCUUACUAAAUGUGUAUUUUAUUUUAUUUUUUUUACCUCAUUUUGUUGUUAAUAUUUUAUUUAAUUUUUCCUUAUGUUGCUUUUAUUUCACAGGAAUUAUGUGACACUUUUAUUUUUAUGAAUGUAAUAUUUUAGCGCGUAUGCGAUGUUCUUAUUUGAUUGUAUUUUGUACGUCAUCACUUGUUCAGUAUUAGAAAAGACGUCCUGAUGUGACCGACAUCCAGCAAGCAUCGCAGACUCACCACUGGAGGAAGAAUAGAUUCUCCUUUUUAUUACUUGUGUUUUUUUCAAGUCAUCGCAACUCAAUCCACACUUUGGGAAAUGUCUCAAAGGGCGAUGAUGAUGACGUUUCCAUGGCGACAAAAACAUUUGUCCGUCCCAAAACACUGAAACGUCUCAUGUAAGUUAUUAGUUUCUAUAUUUUCCUUCAACAUUGUGUUUACGUUAGCGUGGACUUUAACGUACUUCACCGAUAAAAA